UUAACGUUCUCUGCAUUAUGUUUUAUCCAAAAUGCGGCUUAAGUUAAUAAGUGCGUUUCUAGUUUUAUUUGCAUUAACGUUUACGUAUCUAAUUUUCUAUCGGUCUGUGUUCAAUAUUAAUUAUCCUUUAGUGAAUAAUGGCCAUUUCAAUAAAAGAUCUCCGGUUUUUAAUAUUGCCGUGGUUGUCUGCGGUCAUAGAUUACAAGAAUCGCUAGUAAUGAUCAAAUCGGCUCUUCUGUUUAGCCAAUUUGAUGGCGGAAAUAUACAUUUCUGGAUAUUUGCUGAGAGUCUGCUAAAAACUGAACUUAAUGAACGAUUAAAUGAUUGGCGGAAUUUUAUACAUUUCUCUUUUGAGGUGAUGCCGCUAACUUUUCCCAAACAGAAUAGAAAGGAAUGGCAGUCACUGUUCAAGCCGUGUGCCUCUCAACGGCUUUUUUUGCCGUUACUACUUCCUGAAGUUGAUUCCGUUUUGUAUGUGGACACAGAUGUUAUUUUCUUGUCUCCCAUAUCUGACAUUUGGAAACAUUUUCAAAGAUUUAAUGCCUCACAGUUUGCAGCUCUCACCCCGGAGCAUGAAGAUGAAAACAUUGGUUGGUACAAUCGUUUCGCACGUCAUCCUUACUAUGGGCGGAUGGGAGUAAAUUCUGGUGUUAUGCUUAUGAAUCUGACACGAAUGCGCGUGCACAAAUGGGUCUCGCAUAUAGUACCUAUAUACAAUGAAUACAAACUACGUAUCACAUGGGGUGACCAGGAUAUAAUAAAUGUUUUCUUUUAUUAUAAUCCAGAUUCACUUUAUCUGUUGUCCUGCGAAUACAAUUAUAGACCAGACCACUGUAUGUAUAUUAGUGUGUGCAACGCAUCUGUUGAAGGAAUAAAACUGUUACACGGUAAUCGGGGCUACUUUCAUUCUAAUAAGCAACCUCUUUUUAAAGUAGUGUAUGAAGCAGUAGAAAGCUACAAGAUUGGCUCAAACCCCUAUUAUUAUUUUGUGCUACCACUAAAUUCCUCAUUAAAUGAAAAUGCGGUAAAAGAAACAAAUUGUGGACUGCUAACGGAAGAAACGAUGUAUGUUGCACGACAAAUAUUUGGGGUGUACCAUAAGAUUAUGUAUGAUUGAAAGCUAAUUCUAGGUACUAUAUUCUUUCUUAUAUAUAUGCACUCUUCGAAUAUGUUUUUACGGAAACUAUGUGCAAAACGUGAGUUGUAUUUGCUCCAUAAUGCUUCAAAAUCGUGGCAAUGUUGUACUUCGGUCCUUUGUCCAAUACCGGAUCUGACAAUCUGAUUGACAAAUGAUUUUAGUCUAAUCAGAUCGAAAAACCUAAUAAGCUAAAUAUUAAAAUGAUAAAAAAUAUUGGGUACCGUUUAGUUAAUUACCCAACGAUUACGGGUUGUUGUGACCAAAUGGUUGGCUCGAUCAAAACAAUUUUAACACAAACUUGUAGUCAAGAGUCCAAUCUUAAAUUUAAAAGAAAAUUUACAAAUUUCUGGGCACAAAUUUAUUAAUAAACUCAGCUUUUUUUUAUAAAUUUCGGAAUUAAACAUACAUUCAUUACUUUUAUUCUGCCUUAAAGCAGCCAUUUACUCAAUUUGUAUGUUCACAUCGACUUAAUACAUUAUUCUAUUAGUUAAUUCUUCUUUUAUUGCUUUAGUUUAGACUAAAUUUAUUAAAUAUAAAAUUUUAUUAGAAAUUUAUUAAAUAGAGAAUCUUAUUAGAAAUUUAUUAAAUAACAUCAUUAUGAAUAUAACGUUUGCGCUUUGGAUAGCAUAUUCAAAUUAAAUGGCGAUGAGGGCAUAGGGUGGUGGCAUUCGAGCACCAAAAAUAUUUUUUAAACAAGAUAUGUCAAGAAUGGAAUAUAUGACAAAUAGGUAAAAUUCGUUUGUCGCGCAUUCACAACUCAACUAAAACUUUCCAUCAUUCCAUUUUACUGGCAUUUCUAAAUUAAAGCCGAAUUCAAGAAGAACAAAACUACUCUAAUCAUAUGCCUUGAUGGCGACAUUGAACUGUGGAAUUUUAGAAAAUCUACGAAUAAUAAGAGACAAAGAGAACAAACUAAACCCCAGUAAGCAUAAAUGAUAUUAGUGGCAUUAUUUGUUUGUUUACGAGUUUUGGAAUUGCUUUAUAUGCAUAUAGUAAAAGUCUGCAAUAAAUUUUUUUUUAAUAAUUUAUAAUUUUUUUUAAUGAAACAGUAUUUUAACAUAAAAGUUGGUAACAUUUUCGCCGAAAAAUUAAAUAUGGAUAUAAUACCUAUAGUACAUAUGUAUGAAAAAAUUCAGUAUUUUUGUUCGUUUGUUUUUUGAUCCAAAUAACUUCACGCUUUAUCUGCCAAAAUGAUGUUUUUACAUUGCACCGCAAUGGGUGCCCAAAAGUUUGUAGAUGGGUUAGAGGAGAGUGCGCGUACUUCUAUUAGAGCUUGAACUGUUUUCUUUCCAAUAGGUUUAAAUACCACGCCCCCUCCGCCUACUACCUCAAAAUCAGUGGGUAAUUAACUAAACAUUUCCUAAAAUAUUUAUUAUUUUGUUCACUUCCAUAGUCACAGUACAAUCUCCCAAAGAGAGAUACUGACAAAUUUUUACCCGAAGCCAAAAUUUUCAGAAACUUGCAAGUUUCAAUGAAAACUAACUGCCAGGAGUUCUUGUCGAAAUUUCGAGCAAUUUCAUCACGGUUUAAUUAAUAUGUAAUAUUUCGAUAGUGGAAUCCUUGAUUAAAGUCAACGACUCCACAUUACUGCGAUCAUUAAAACGUCUAUUUUUUGCAUCUACCUUAUUGAAAUUAACUGAAAAUUAAAAAAAAAUAUAUAUAUUUACCUUGUUCUAUUUUUUCUGGGAAAAAUUUGUUCAGCCAGUAUAAACUUCCCAUCUUCCUCUUUCAAUUUCCCCUUCCAUGCCAGUUUUUUAGACAUCGCGAAUGCGAUUGUGAUAAUUCGUAACAAUUAUUUGCAUCACGAACACACCAAAUAAAACACAGCUGUAUAUACAACAUGAAACUAAAGUGUAAUUUCAUUCGCCUAAGAUUAUUUAUUUUUGUGCUGCUAUUUAAUUAAAUUCAUGUUAUAUAAAUAAGCAAUAAUAAUUUGUAAAUAAGGGUAGAGGUUCGUCAUGUUCGGUUAUUUUUCCACAAUAUAUUUUAUUGUUGCGAAUAUAACCACCUCACCCGAUUAAAUGUAAAGAUGAUAGUUUACAAGACGGCAGCAGAAUAGUGCUCGCUCAUCCGCACGGAAGGCCCAAAUAUUAUAUACUACAAGACUGAGACUGAAUUACUUACAAUGUAGAGAAUAUUAAGGUGGCAACGAAAACCGCUAAUUUGUUCUUAUUAGGUUUGACAGUUAGGUGACAUCAGUAAAGAAAAUAAACAGGCCUUUGUAUGCAUGAUUUAUUUUAUCUUUUCACUUGCUUUCGCUUAUUUAUUUUGUGUACUGAAGUCACGACAAUCUUGUAUUCUAUCAUUCUUGAUAUCGGCCCUUAUUGUUUUGCUGUGACUGUAUUCAAACGAUACCUAGUUUUUAAUCAAUCUAGUCACAGCAACAGUCUGACGAACAAGCAUUUACAAGAUCUCUUAAGAAUUAGUCGAUAUUAGCAUGAAUUAAUAGCGUAAUUAACAAUUAGAAAAUUAAUACAUUUCAUUUCCAUUAUUUGGUUUUAUGCAAUAUUUUUAGCAUUAAUAAAAUAUGUACGUAAAUAAAUAAAAAUAAUAAGUUUAUUUGUCUUCAAAAUUAA